ACAACGCGAGUUCCAAUCGGACCGAGAGUUAAAUGUUUUCCGAUUUUCAAACAGCGAACUUGUGCGUGCGUUAAAAUUAAACUCGUUCAGCAUUUAAAUCGUGUGAGAUCUUUGCCUUUUAACGACUAUUGCCAUGUCGACCAGCCCGAAACCGGUUAAGAAGGUGCCGAUUCACUUGCAGAGUGCCCAGAAUCGCGUCUACAUCAAGAAUGGCGAGAUCGUCAACCAUGACAAGUCCUUCAAAGCGGACGUGUACAUCGAAGAUGGAAUUAUCAAGUUUGUGGGUCCCUCCUCGGAAAUAACGAUACCUGGCGGAGUGCGCACCAUCGACGCCAGCGGACUGAUGAUCAUUCCCGGAGGCAUCGAUCCCCACACCCACAUGCAGUUGCCUUUCGGCGGAGCCGUGGCCGUCGACGAUUUCUACCAUGGAACCAAGGCCGCCGUGGCAGGUGGCACCACCAUGAUCAUCGACUUCGUUCUGCCCAACAAACAUGAGUCGAUGAUCGAGGCCUACGACAAGUGGCGCAGCUGGGCCGAUCCUAAGGUAUGCUGCGACUACGGAUUGCAUGUGGGCAUCACCUGGUGGUCGAAGUCGGUGUCUGAGGAGAUCGGCAUUCUGUGCAAAGAGCUUGGAGUGAACUCCUUCAAAACAUUCAUGGCCUACAAAGGACUUUAUCAGUUGAAUGACUCAGACCUUCUGGAUGUGUUCGAGCGUAUCAGGCACCUAAAUGGGGUUGCUAUGGUCCACGCGGAGAAUGGCGACAUCAUUGCAAAGAACACGCAGCGCCUUUUGGCCGAGGGCAUCAAUGGUCCGGAGGGUCACGAGCUGUCGCGGCCCGAGGAGGUCGAGGCCGAGGCGGUGCACCGCGCCUGCGUCCUGGCCCACCAGGCCGAUUGUCCCCUGUACGUGGUCCACGUGAUGAGCAAGUCGGCGGGCAUUGAGCUGGCCAGGGCACGCCACCGCUACCGCGGGCGAUACAUAAUGGGCGAGACCCUGGCCGCGGCCCUGGGCACGGAUGCCACCUGUUGCCAGCACUUGGGCUUCGACGCCGAGGCUGCGCAUGUGCUCAGCCCGCCCUUGCGGCCCGACAAGACGACCCCCGAGUUCUUGAUGAAGCUGCUGGCGAAAUGAAGACGCCGCUCUUCGUGUCCGGCCUCACCAGCAAAUCCUCCGCCGAGCUCGUGGGUCGCGCCCGUCGCAGUGGCUACUGCGUGUUCGGGGAGACGCUGGCCAGCUCACUGGGCCGCUCCAUGAGCGCCGUGCCCAAGGGCGACCGCAUCUACGCCAUCACCAGUCCCCCGAUCCGCGAAUCCGCCGAGACACCCAGGCAGCUGAUGAAGUCCCUGGCUUAUGACGAUUUGCAGCUGACUGGCAGCGACAAUUGCACCUUCAACAAGGAGCACAAGGCGCUCGGAAAGGGUGACUUUACCAAGAUUCCCAAUGGCGUCAACGGAGUCGAGGAUCGCAUGUCGCUGGUCUGGGAGAAGGGCGUGCACGCUGGGCUUCUGGAUCCCUGCCGCUUUGUGGCCGUGACCAGUACAAAUGCAGCCAAGAUAUUCAACAUCUACCCCCAGAAGGGACGCAUUGCCGUCGGCUCGGAUGCGGACAUUGUGAUCUGGAAUCCGAAUGCCACCCGUACCAUUUCUAAGGAUACCCACCACCAUGCCUGUGACUUCAACAUAUUCGAGGGCAUGACUGUGCACGGCGUCUGCGAAUUCGUCCUGGUGCGCGGACGGAUCUGCGCCGAGCGCGGGAAUGUGCGGGUAGCGGAGGGCUUUGGACGUUUCAUUCCCACACCAGUUCGUCCGCCGUUCGUAUACGACAUCAUCGAGGGCAAGGUGCAGUCGCAGCCGGAGGAGCAGCACGAGGAGAAGCAGAACGGCAGCAUGGCCAAGCGGUUCGCUGAGCUGGACAUACAGAUUCCGGUGCAGGAGCCCAUCAGCGCCAUGCUGGCUGGCAACCUAGCCAUGCCGGCGGAGGGAUCUCUGUGCAGCACGCCCUCGGUUCGUGGUCGCGUCGAUGGAAAACGCGACUUGCAGGAGUCUUCCUUCUCCAUAAGUGAGGAGCUCGACAGGUCUGGUGUUCGAGCGUGCAUCAAAGUGAAGAACCCACCUGGCGGAAAGUCUUCUGGAUUCUGGUAGAUCACAGACCCGAUGUCGCAUCGCAAGUCGUGUGGAUGCGGAAUCGCACAAUCUCCGACGACAGUGUAAGCCAAAGUCUGCGCUCAUUCGACAACUAAACUGGCAUUUAAUAUAGAUCCCUGAAACAAAAUCGUAAUCUAAUCAAAUUUCAAAUAAGUACAUAAGAGCAUAACCACAAACCAAUUAAGAAGGUAUCAUAGACUCUGCUUCGUCAUUUUGUAUUUAGAACCGAUUGCCUCUUGUUGAUACAAUUUUUGUUAAGAUCAUCAAUUGAAUGAAAUGCAUCAAAGCAUUUGAAGUCGAAAAUCAAACAUUAUGGCUGCUUAGGUAUUUUUCGCUGAAAUCGUUUAUUUUAAUACUUUGUUUAUUUACAAGGAGAUUUAGCACAAUUUAACUCUGUUAAAUUCAUGACACUAUUGCAAUUGUUUAUUGAUUACCCGAUUCGAAGUAGAGCACAUCGAUCAUGCCACGUGAGACAAAGAGUGCUUGGGAGCAAAUUCGGCAUUUAAUCUGAGGAUGUCUAAAAGUAAUACUUCAAUCGAUUUUUUGAUAAGAAAAAAGUAUAAAUGUGGAAAACUAUUUAUUAUAAAUAUACAUACUUUAUAUACAUAUAAUAUUUAACAACAAAAGCCGAACACAAAGAUCAAACUAAUAAACUUUACCAAAAGAUAG